ACCACCGAAGAUCUCCCGCCUUGAAAUCGACUAGGUGAAGAAUAGAUGAUCUCCACCAUAUUCUAUCGUAGGACCCUCAAAAAAGUGCUAUCUCAUUUCAUCCAACCCAGAGAUCUCGCCACGUUCGCUAAUAUAAUAAUUGCAGGUGCCUUCCGCCUAGCUAGCAGCAACGACAUCAUUCUCUGUGGUUUAGAGACACUGCACCAAGAAUCUUAUUAAAUACUCGCGAUCCGAAAUUCCCACUAGGUGGAGUGUUCCUGAUCGGACCAUGCUCAUCAUGGUUUUGCAUAAGAGUCUUCUCACGACUUUACUUACAACCUCUAUCUGUGUAUCUGCGUUUGGUUUGGCUUUAGCAUUGUUCUUAGAAGAUCCAUUUGAUGUGCUGUCAGGGACUGCAGCAUAUGCUGCUGCGCUUGUGGUAUUUGUUGGGACAAGUGGUGCUGGAUCUUGAGGAUGCCCUUUAAGUCGGUGAAACCGGAUCGAUUCACUCACAUAAGUUAAUCGAACAAAAGCAAUACUGCGAAGGCACUACAAUGGCUAAAUACAUUGUGCAUUGGCCAUCAUACGUGAAUUGAGCUUCGUGUUGGUUAUCGGGAUAUCGUUGGUCUAUUCUCUGAAACAUGAGAGAGGGGUAAGAUGAGAAGUGAGAGCCAGUAGCACACCAAAUAUCAGGAAAGAA